AUGUCUGCUUAUGCAAAGUUCUUGAAGGAAAUCUUGUCUAGCAAGAGAAAAUUGGAGGAGACAACAGUGGUCAAGCUGAAUGCCUACUGCACUGCUAUAUUACAAAAUAAAAUUCCCCAAAAUUGUGGGGACCUAGGGAGCUUUAACAUACCAUGCUCGUUGGGGAGUGAGAAAUUCGACAAGUCUCUCUGUGAUUCUGGUGCGUUUAUAAAUCUAAUGCCUCUAUCCAUGUUCAAGAAACUGGAAGGGGGGCUUGAAGUGAUCAAAUCAGUACCAAUGUCCCUACAACUGGCUGACCAGACCACCAUUUUUCCUGAGGGAAUCAUUGAUGAUAUUUUAGUUCGGGUGGAUAGGUUUGUGUUUCCCGUAGACUUUAUUGUAGUGGGUAUGGAGGUGAACAAGGAGGUGCCUUUGAUAACAAUCAAAAUGCAAGAACAAGAAAUGAGACUUGAAAAUCAAAUAAAGAAAGGGAAGCAAGACACAAAUAUUGAUGAGAUAUUAGUAAUAACUAUAAUUAAAUCCUAA